AUGUGCGCCUAUAAUCCUAAUGCGCAAUAUAACUACUGGGCCAACGGGCAGCGUUGGGCUCAACAUACCGCAGAAAAUGGGGUGCCGUACUGGCAGAACCUGGAUACCGGCGAAUCCGUUUGGCAGAUGCCUGACGAGCUCAGACAGGCUAUGGGUCAAGUACCUAUGCAGAACGCGGGCGGCGGGUUCUAUGAGAUGCCAGGGAUAUAUAAUAAUCAAAACGACGGCGACGAUGCUAUGCUCGAAUACACUCUCCGUCUUUCCCUCGUCGAACUCCAGCACUCCACUGCCGCCGCCGCCGCCAUUCCCACGCCCACGCCUACGCCCACACCGGUUGCGCCCGUGCGUACAACUACGCCCAGGCCCAGGCCGGGCCCCUCCCAAGUGCGUGAAGGCCGCGAAAAGAACAUCUUUGAAAAGCUAGAUGUCCCUCCCCGCAACCCUGUCCGCGCUCAUAUGGCUGAUCCUGGUCCUGCUCGUGGGACCUGCGCCAUGUGUUCCUCCGAUACCGGGGUCCAGAGUGCUCCCUGCGGGUGUACAUAUUGCUCCGGGUGCAUUAUUAGGAUGUUCAUGUAUACGACGAGAAGGGAUCCCUAUCAACCACUACAGUGCUGUCGGAUCGAGUUCCCAAUGGAGCUUACCGACACCGCCUUUGCAUAUCUCGAAGCCGCACGUAACGCCGCGGGCGCCGCUACAUCUGCGGCGGCCCCGACCCAGGCCCAGAGCAACAACACCACCGCCGGCCUGAGCAAAGGCAAGGGCAAAAACCGGGAGCGGGAGCGGGAGAGCGCGGUGCGGCGGACCUUCGACUGCGUAGCCUGCAUGGACUCUUUCGUUCUCGACGACGUAAUGGUCGCGCCCGACUGCAACCACAACUACUGCCGCCCCUGUAUGAACCGCCUGUUUGUCGAGUCGACCAAGAGCGAGGACCUGUACCCUCCCAGCUGCUGCAAGCAGGCCAUCCCCAUCACCUGGGCCAACCUCGUCCUCAACACCGAGGAGCAGAACCAGUUCUACGCAAAGAGCGAGGAGUGGAAGACCCCCAACAGACUCUACUGCUCCCGCAGGCCCUGCUCAGCGUUUAUCCCGCCGCUGCGGGUCAACGCGGAUUACGGCACGUGCGCAAAGUGUCUGGCCCGCACUUGCGCGCAUUGCAAGGGCGCGUUCCAUAGGGGCGAGGCGUGCCCGAAGGAUAAGGCGACGCAGGACGUGCUGAAUCUUGCGCAGACGGCGGGGUGGAGGAAGUGCUUUAGCUGUAAUAUGAUGGUUGAGCUCGGCUCGGGCUGUAACCACAUUACGUGCAGAAAAAAUCCAACCUAA